CCGAUCAUAUAAGUGAAAUAUUAGAUACUAUCAUGGAUGAAUGGGAAAUCCAAGAUAAAACCUUUAUUAUCACUACUAAUAAUGGUCAAAAUGUAAAAAGGGCAAACAUAAAAAAAGUUUCUGAAUACUUAUAUGCUAUUGCCGAUUGCCCAACAAGAUGGAAUUCCUCGUAUCUCACAUGGAAUAGACUUCUUAAAUUAAAAAACUAUAUUAAUUUUCUUGUAACUUUACUUUCAACCAAAUCCGAUUCUGAUACUAAGAAAGAUCUUAAAUAUUUAAAAAAAAUUUUACUUUAUGAUGAUAAGUGGAAUACAAUAAACGAUCUAGUAGAGAUUCUCCAACCAUUCGCCAAGGCUAUUAAUUAUUUAGGUGGAAGCAAUUAUUGCACCUAUUUAAUAAUGGUUUCUAUUUUAAUUAAACUUAAGAAAAAAUAUCAGCUAUCGAUUACCAAUAAUGAUAUUAUAGUAGAAACUAAUGAUGAUGAUACCCAAGACUUAUUUGACGAUGAUAUAAGUGAUGAAGAGGAGAAAGAGGAUGAACAGGCUUAUACACCAAUUAAUAUUGAUCUUGACAAAAUUAAAAGUAAUUUAUCUAAUGCAAUAAAUUACUAUUGGCCUGAUUUAACAUCACCAAGUUCGCUUUUGCCUAGUCUUCUAGAUCCCAGAUGCAAAAAUAAAGAAAAAAAAAAUAGUAAAACAGAGGUUAAAUCAACUACUGUAAAGAAAGCUAAAAGUAGCAUUCUUUCCAGUUUCAAAAAAAAUAUGCCAACUACAGUUGAGAAGAUUUCUAACUAUUUAAAGCUCGAAGAAAUUGAUAUUGAUUGUGAUCCUUUCGAGUGGUG